CCAGACUGGAGUAGGACAUGGGUUCAGUUGGUCGCAGACGUCUGCAGGGCUACGCUGGGCCGAGUUGACUACGCUUCUUCCUUCGGAUCGUCCCGACGGUCGCGCAGUGAUAACUGAUAACGCACAGCGGUGAACUCGGCGCGGGGUCAACGACAGGGGUACAAAUAUGUCAGAUGUCGAGAAUGGAGAACUGCAGGCGGCUCCUGAGAAUGGCGAAGUCAAUUCAACACCAGAGGAUGAAGAUGAAAAUACGCAGUUAAAUUCUGGACCAGUCGACAAGCUGUGGUUAGAGAAAAUCCUAUCAUCACACCACCAACACACAGUAACGAUACGAGAAUUCACUGUGAAACCCUGGAGAGAGACACUGAGUGAUAUAAGAACAGUGUCAGUGACCUACUAUGUGCCUAGAGAGCGAGAGGAUAGAACAGUCUGUCUUAUCGUCAAACUUCUGCCGAUGGAUCCAGUUGUCCGGCAUUUUGCUGUUGAGGCUCAAUUUGAUCUAAGAGAGAUUAAAUUUUAUACCAAGGUUGUUCCUGACUUGAUGGAAUUCCAAAAAGACCUUCUCCCUCCUAACAUCCCUCCGAUAGAUCUCUUAAUUCCAUUCUGCUACCACGCCAGCCACCAGCGCUCACAACUUGUCUUGGCAGAUGUUCGGGCAGAUGGCUAUGCCCGUGCGGACUUCAUGGGCGGUCUCACUCUUCUUCAAGCAGAGGCUGCGCUGGACGCAAUCUCACGACUGCAUGCAGUCUCCCUUGCUAUGCGCCUCAAAGAAGACAUCGAUCUCAAUGAAAAGUACCCCUUCCUCUUCCAGACUUCUGUUGCUCAAGCCUCCGAUGCCUAUCAACAACUUGUAGAACGAGGGCUAUUCCUCCUCUCUGACUUUUUAAAAGACCGCUCUGACCAAAUCCCUGCUAUGAAAUGUCUGAAAGAGAUCCACCCAAAACUAAUAGAUGUUAUUGCCAAAUUACUAACUCCCAGUGAGCCGAUGAAACUUAUAACCCACACAGAUUUUUGGUGCAACAACCUGAUGUUCAAUGAAGGGAAUGAGUGCUGCAUCCUGGAUUGGCAGAUGGUGACAUGCUCACGGCCAACGACGGACAUAGCGCUCCUGAUCAUUAGCUCUUUACCGACAGAAUUGCGGCGGACCAAAUCAAUGCAUCUUCUGGACGUUUACUGGGAGCAUUUCAUGCGAUAUACAUUGACAUUAGGGGUCAAUGUUCAAGAUAGCCUCAACUACACAAAAGAGAAUCUUGCAGAAGAUUACAAGAAGUCACAAUUGUUGGCGAUAAUCUUGUGCAUAGGGUCUGUGGAUCUAGCGAUGGGCAACUCAAUGACUGAACAAAGGGUGCUAGAUUUGCUACAAGAUUUGUACGACGGAGGAGUUUUCAAGUUAGAAGAACUAUUCCCUGACUGGGAUCCUGAGAAGAAGGACUGGAUCACCUCUGAGGUGAAGGAUACUCCUUAAAUCACGACUGAUUGGUCUAUUUACUUACUUUAUUUUAUAGACUAUUUUUCUGAGACUUCUUUUCUUCCCAAAGCGCAUUUGAUUUUGGUUCUGGUUCAGAUUCCUGAUUAGCUUUACUUCAAAUACUAUAACUUUUUUCUUGUAAAACAUGGUCAUACUCUGACUUAAUUCAAUAGUGUAAAUAAAAUGCAUUUCAUACAACAUAUCA